AUGAGUUUGCCAAUGCUUCGUCGCUGCUGUUUCUGUCUCUCGCUGGAGAGAGGAGGCAUCCUGCUAUGCGUUCUUUCAACCAUCAUCUGUAUAGCGAAUAUAAUAGUUGGUUCGUGGGGUCUGCCGCGGCAUUUAGAGAGGAAGCAGGAGGACAAUCUUAUAUCAAUGACGUCAGUGAUGUUCGCAACUCUGUCUGCUAUAAGCAAUAUCACCGCUCUGUUUGGAAUUAUAUUGCGUCGUCCUGGCUGGCUCCAGAUGUCCAUACUCUUCAACUCUGUGUUCAUACUAUGCUUGUUCCUGGUGGCAGUCGUCACAUGUAUUUUCAGCUACGAAUUACAACCGUAUCUGGACUCAGCUGGCAGCAUAGCCCUUAUAGUUAUCACUAUCAUAGUAGGGGCUGCAUACUCCAUAUAUUAUCUGAUAGUCAUCAACAGUCUGUAUAGGAACAUGAAGAUUAUGUUCGGUGGCAGUUCAUUACCUAUGUGA